AUGGAAGAUGCAAAGGAUCGUAAACGUAGGCGAGAUAAAACUGAAAAGGACGAAUACAAGGAAAGGAAAUCUAGGAGAACUAGAUCUAGAUCACAAGAGAAGUAUAGGGAUAAUCGUGAAAGAAUUUCGAAUCGUAAACGUAGACAUUCACGUUCGCGUUCCCCUAAACGAGAUGACAGACGCAACGAGGUAAGAGAAGUAAAAGAAGCGCCGCCUAGGAAACCCAAGAACGAAGACAUGCUUAAUACAAGAACUGGAGGUGCCUAUAUACCACCAGCUCGCCUUAGAAUGAUGCAGGCGCAGAUCACCGAUAAAUCGUCAGUAGCAUACCAAAGAUUAGCCUGGGAAGCACUGAAAAAGUCCAUACAUGGUCAUAUUAAUAAGAUUAACGUUGGUAAUAUUGGUAUUAUCAUUAAGGAAUUGCUAAAAGAGAACAUAGUGCGUGGUCGUGGUCUACUUUGUCGGUCUGUUAUACAAGCUCAGGCUGCAUCUCCCACUUUUACAAAUGUAUAUGCUGCAUUAGUGUCUGCUGUUAAUUCGAGAUUCCCUAAUAUUGGCGAGCUAUUAUUAAAGAGGCUUGUAAUCCAAUUCAAACGAGGUUUUAAAAGAAACGAUAAGGCUAUUUGUAUAUCAUCAGCAUCAUUCAUUGCUCAUUUAGUAAAUCAACGGGUUGCACAUGAAAUUCUUGCUUUAGAGCUAUUAACUCUUCUUGUUGAAACUCCCUCUGACGAUUCAGUGGAAGUGGCUAUAGCUUUCUUAAAAGAGUGUGGUCAAAAGCUCACUGAAGUUUCAUCUAAGGGUGUAAAUGCUAUAUUUGAGAUGCUGAGGAAUAUUCUUCAUGAAGGACAGUUGGAUAAGCGUGUGCAGUAUAUGAUAGAGGUGAUGUUUCAAGUGUGGAAGGACGGAUUUAAAGAUCACCCAUCUGUUAUUGAGGAAUUGGAACUAGUGCCUGAAGAGGAUCAGUUUACUCAUCUUUUGAUGUUAGAUGAGGCAACAGAUGCACAGGAUAUCCUAAAUGUAUUUAAAUUUGAUGAAAAGUAUGAAGACAAUGAACAAAAGUAUAAGACAUUGAGCAAAGAAAUACUUGGUUCUGAUGCUGAAUCUGGUGAGGAAGAUGGCUCUGGAGAGUCUGGCAGUGAAGAAGAGGAGGAAGAAGAGGAGCAAAAACCUGUAACAAUCAUAGAUAAUACAGAAACUAACCUGGUAGCACUGAGGCGUACCAUCUACCUAACUAUUAACUCAAGUUUAGACUUUGAAGAAUGUGCUCAUAAGCUUAUGAAGAUGCAAUUAAAACCUGGUCAAGAAAUUGAACUGUGUCACAUGUUCCUAGACUGUUGUGCGGAACAGAGGACAUAUGAAAAAUUCUAUGGUUUACUAGCACAAAGGUUCUGUAACAUCAAUAGAAUAUAUAUAGGCCCAUUUGAAGAAAUCUUCAAAGAUUCCUAUUCCACAGCCCACAGGUUGGAUACAAAUCGUCUCAGAAAUGUUAGCAAGUUCUUUGCUCACCUUCUAUUCACAGAUUCAAUUAGCUGGGAAGUUCUGGACUGUGUAAAGUUAAAUGAGGAGGAUACGACAAGUUCAAGUCGUAUCUAUAUCAAGAUCCUCUUUCAGGAGUUAGCCGAAUAUAUGGGACUGAAGAAGCUCAAUGAUCGUCUUAGGGACCCGACCCUGCAGGAUGCUUUCUCUGGAAUAUUCCCUAGGGACAAUCCUAAGAAUACCAGGUUUUCCAUCAACUUCUUUACAUCUAUUGGUCUUGGAGGCCUAACUGAUGAUCUUCGAGAACAUCUUAAACAAAUGCCAAAGAAUGUUCCUGCUCCUGUUGCUGAAAUUAAAGUUGAUAGUGAUUCCAGUUCAGACUCCAGUUCCAGCUCAUCUUCUUCAUCAUCAUCUUCUAGUGAUUCCAGUUCAAGUGAUUCUGAAGAAGAAGAAUCAAACAAAAAGAAAAACAAUGAGUCUAAGAAAAAGCCGGAAAAGGAGCCAGAAAGUUCUAAAGAUAAAACCGAAAGAUGGGGUCAUGAUGGUUAUUAUGAGAGAUAUGGGAGAAAUGAAACCGAAGACAGACCAGAAAGAAAUAAUUUUGCUAAACCAAGAAACGUUAGACGAAAUAAUGAUGCAGAUCGAAAUGAAAAUAAUGAUAGGCACCGUGAUGAAGUAAAUAUUAGAAGAAAUGAGAAUAGGAGUAAAAAGUUCAGAGGUGACAAAAAUCGUAAAAGUUAUGAACAAUCGGAAGAAAAGGCUGGCAAUUAUCAAUCAUACUGGAGUAGUCAAUAUAACGAGCAGGGUAAUGGUGGUAGACAUCGUGUAGAUAAUAGAAGUGACAAAGAAUCCCGGCAGUAUAAUGAUCACAGCAAUGACAAAAGUUAUGAAGACAAUAGAUCUAACAAACGGAAGGACAGUGACAGACAAAGCCGUGAAGCCAGAAAUCAUAGAGAAGAGCUAUUAGACAGAGAUAGAGAUACACGUUCAAUAAAUACAGAAAAAAUCAGAGAUAGACAGAAAUACAUACAUGAAGAGACAAAUAGAGAAAAAUUGGACAACAAGGAUGAUAAAAUUAGGAAAGAUCGCGAUAGGCGAGAUAGGGAUGCAGACAGCAAAAGAGAAGACAGAGAAACUGAGAGAAAGAGAAUUGAUAAAGAUCAAAAUAAUGCUCGGGAGAAAGUAGAAGACAGUCGAAACUCGAAACAUUUAAAUAAUGAGAAAAGGUUAGAAAAAGAUAGUAAUAAAAAUUCUAAACAAGUUGACAAUGAUGAUCGGAAUAACAAAAGAAAAUCAAAAGAUGUAGACAAUCAACGAGAUAAUCAUAAAAAUGACAGUAGAAGUUCAAAGCGAUUGGAUAAUGCUAAAUUCGAAAGAGAUAGUAAAAGAAAUUCGAAACGUGUGGAAAGUCAAAAAGAAAUUGACAAGAAGCAUUCCAAGAAGAAAAGAGAUAUUAGUGAUAGUAGCGAUAGUUCAGAUAGUGAGGAAGAUAAACGAAAUAAUAAAAAACAAUCUAAACACAAAAAUAAGUCCAGCGACAGUAGUAGUGAUGAUUCUUCGCAACACACUCCAGAGAAGGAAAAUAGAUUUUCAAAUAAGAAAAGAGAUGAGAGUGAACCACGCGAAAUAAGUAGAUAUUGGGACAGUUAUGACGAGAAGCAUAAAGAAAAAGACAGAAGAACAAAACACUCUGAACGGGAGGCCAAAACUCGUCGAUGA